AUGGCUGUCACGUUGCUUAGUGAACACCGAAGGCUAGGGAUCACCUUGCUUAAAGCACUAAUUGGCAAGUUAUCAAAUAACAGCCACAUGAAUUAAACAGUCUCAUGGUCUCUUCCCUAUUUUGGAGUCUCUGUUAGAGAUUGCCUCCUUUACCUGAAAUAUAAACCAGUUGGUAAGGUAGGAGAGGGAACAUUUUCUGACGUUCUGAAGACGAGUCGUAGGCAUGGAAAGUACUAUGCAUGUAAACACAGGAAGCAACAUUUUGAAAGUAUGGAACAAGUGAAUAAUCUGAGAGAAAUACAAGCGCUAAGGAGGCUGAGUCCGCAUCCUAAUAGCCUUAUGUUACAUGAAGUUGUUUUUGAUAAAAAAGCUGGCUCUCUUUCACUGAUAUGUGAACUUAUGGACAUGAAUAUUUAUGAGCUGAUAAAAGGAAGGAGAAAGCCAUUACCUGAAAAAAAAAAGAACCACAUGUACCAGUUAUGCAAAUCUCUUGAUUGCAUACAUAGAGAUGGGAUAUUUCAGAGAGAUGUGAAACCAGAAAACAUUAUUUUGCAGCAGAAUACCCUGAGGUUAGGAGAUUCUGGAUCUCGUAGGAGUGUCUGUUCUAAGCAGCCACAUACAGAACAUAUCUCUAUACGCUGGUACUGAGCACCUGAAUGCUUACUUACAAAUGGCCACUAUAGUUACAAAAUUGAUAUAUGGAGUGCUGGCUGUGUUUUCUAUGAAAUCACAAGUUUUCAGCCUCUCUUUCCUGGAUCUGAUGAGCCGGGCCAAAUUUCAAAAAUCCAUGACGUUAUAGGCACUCCUGCUAACAAAACUCUCAACAAGUUCAAGCAAAAUGAUUACCUAAAUCAGAUGAGAAUAAUUUUUUUCAGUCAAGAAUUGGCGAGUUUUGAUUUCCCGUUUAAAAAAGGAAAAGGAAUCCCUCCUCUUGCGCGCAAUUUGUCUCCCAAAGGCUUCUCUCUCCUGUGUGUGAUGAUAAAAUAUGAUCCUGAUGAGAGAAUUGCUGCCCAUCAAGCAUUACAGUACCCUUAUUUUUAAGAACUCCGGGCAGCUGAUACACAAGCUUUGGCCAUGCACAAAAAAUUAAGGUUACUAGGAAAUACAGCAGGGCAAGUACCUCUGCAUUUGUGGCAAAUUUCAAAGGAAAGUCAAAGACAGGGUUUGCUGUAUCUGCAAGCCUCUCUUAGGAAAGUCCAGGAAAAAACAAAACAACAACAUGGAUCUCCUCGUGGAGAAUUACCAAAAUUAAAUCUUUCUGGAGCAGCCAAAUUGACUUCCAGUCCUACUCCUACAUCGCUUUCAGUUUUCCAAGCACCUAAGGAAAGUGGUGAAACCCCUGUGUUACAGUCUGUUAUUAUUGGAUCAAGUAUCGAGGUACAGACUCUAACUUGCCCGUUAAAGUGUAAUAGCAAAAUGCGUUACAGAGCGUAUUUCAAACUUCCAUUGUUUCCGCAACAGUCUGAGAAACAGAAGUCUUCCCCUUACCUGCUAAGGAACGAAGGGGAGGAGGUUACUGACCACCUUGUGAAGUAUUUGGAGUGUGAGGAAAAGCAUGACUGUGCCGUGAGAGCGAGCCAAUCAUGCUUCCGUUGUUAGAGACGUAACAAGAACAGCAGUGCCUUAUUUUGUGUUUCUCUGAUAAUCUGUAGGAAAACCCCACAAGGUUACG